UCAUUACCACUUGGUGGCACAACAAUGUCUAUCUUAAAAAGCAAAACUAUUCUCCUCUUCUCAUGGGCACUUUUGCAGCAGCUAGAUCUACUAGAUCACUUUGCUCUCGCUGCUGACAUCACAAAAGAGGAACCACUGACAGUGUGUCCUGGAGAGUUGGUCUCUCUCACUUGCACUCAUGACAAUCUUGCUGGUGGGCAAACUCGCUGGCAAGUCAGCGGUCCGAUGUCUUGCGUUGCAUUGGUUUCCUAUGAUGCCAGGUGGCAAGAAGACGUCUGUGGUAUAUUCACUAUCACCAUGAUCAGUGAUAACUCUGGGUCUACACUGAGCUCAACUAUUCAGAUACCUGCCACUAAAACACUGGAUACUACUGUUGUGACGUGCCUCGCUGGUGGCAGUGCAUCUUCUCCACAAGCUGGCAACACCACGCUCAAUGUGAUAAAUAUAACUUCUUUAACUAACUGGAUGGCUAAUCUGAGAACCAACAGUUUAUGUCCUAUUCUGGAGUGGGACCCAGUGGACCAACCUUACAAGAGAUGUGUCACCGGCUACACUGUCAACUUGAAUGGAACAGUGUACACUACCACAAACACAUCUCUAUCAUUAGCUAGAGAGAGCCUCCCUUACCGUGAGACUCAGACAGUGACUGUGACACCACUCACACUCAAUGGAUUCCUAUGGCCAGAUACCUCAAAUAUCACUGUGAUCAAUCCAGACUUGGGGACUCCAGCAUUAUCCAACUCCUUCAUAAUCCAAAAUGAAGUACUGAAGCUCCAAAUAAUAUUCCAGGAAAUUUCUAUUGAUACUGCACCCAUUCGAAUGUUCGGGUACAUAACAAGCGGAGAAAAUUGUGUUCCUACCACAUUAUUUAAUGAAAGUUCAGUUGCAAUCGAUUUCUCAGACCAAUCGCCUGGAGAUGCUUACACAGUAUGUGUGAUGUUCAGAAACAAGGAAUGCUCUGUGUCUGCAAUCAAUUCCACUACUGUGACUGUUCCAGCUACAAUGAUUACCAUACAAGAAGUCACACCAUCUGACACUAGUUACACGAUCCGUUUGUCCCCCCCCUUCACUGGCUACGCUCCCAGUGACCUGCUCAUUGUCUCCACCCUCUCUCCCCCUCACUCUGACCCAAUCACCCUCCCCUUCCCCUCCACAACCAACCAAGUCAUGAUGACUUUCACUGAACUCACUGCUGGAGUCCUCUACACCUACACCAAUAGAGUUGUUUUGGCCAGCAACCAAUCAAAUGAUGACGUCGUAUCUCCAGUCACUGGAGAAUUCAUAAUAUUGGCUCUACAUGUAUUAGGAGAAUCUGUGCGGUCCCUCUCUACUGGUGAAGCAGUGGCAGUCAGUGUGGCAGCUACAUUCACUAUCUCCAUAGCGAUUGGACUCUUGCUGGGGAUGUCUCUAAUGUACUGCAUCAUGUACUACAGGAAUAGGGGACGCUAUACAGUAAGACAGCGACAGGAAGAAAGCAUUCAACCCACUGUACCAAGUGGUCCUGUUUAUGAAGAAGUUACUCUUAUCCAAGAACGAAUUGAGCUGAAACUGAAUGAAGCAUACGGACCGUUAUCAUAGCUUAAACAGUUUGAAAUAAACUGUAAACUGUUUAGACGCAGUAUGUUAAUUGUGUGUGCAAUAAAUUUAUAGUACAGGUGUACGUAGUUGUAAGUGAAAAUAUCCUUA